CACAAAGUUUGGAACACGUUAUGGGCACUUGGAAUUAUUCGGACGGUUCCUUAGGAUAACCAGGGCAACCAAUCUGAAAUCACUGAUAGUGUAGGUUAUUUAGGUGGAAAACCUCAAAAGAGCUUUGAUUUCGCAAAAAUGAUAGUGUGAUGUUGAUGCUGAAUAUCUUUUGUGACGCACUUCAGUAAACAUAGCAACAUGUGUUUAAAACGAUUACUUUUGAAAGGCGGCUCGCAGUGGACAAAGAAAGACUCGGAAUUUAACCAGAUAUAUUAUCAAAUUCCCCUUUUGUCAGGCACAGGAAGUGAAUCUGCAUCGUUUCCGCUGAGUUGUUCAUACCUGGUGAGUAAAAAAAAGGAAACAGCUGCCUUGAAAAGUAGAAGCAUUCUUAAAACGAUUGAGAAGAGUCGACUCAAAAAGGAAAUUGCCAAAAUGAACAGAAUGCACAACAAGGGCUCAAUGAACUGUACGAAGCGCUGCAGUUAGUAAAUCGAGGGCUUUGUUACAAUCCAAGGCGUUGUUUUUGUAUGGCGGGCCUGUCAGAUUUGGUGGUCAGGUUUUCAGGAUCUGCCGGCAGAUCUUACGGGCUGUUUUCCAAAGGGCUCUCAAGAACUUUGCUGAUUUUUUUCGACCUGGCCUGGAGGCUAAGAAUCAAAUUUCCUUAUCUCUACCUCGUUGCUUCCAUGAUCUUGAAUGUGCGACUACAGUUCCGCUAUUGGCUAUUAAUUUACCUCGUGAAAUUGAAUCAGAAUGAGAAUGCCAAAGGACCUUGGGCACACCUCUAUUCUCACACAACCCACAGCACAGAGGAGUGAGGUGAAACGUGAUCCCAGUACAAGCUCUGGAAGCGUCCUGAGUGCCUUAGGUCAGAGAACAGACUUCAUGAAGGCCAUCCCUCUGCAGGGCUAUAAAACUCAAAGUCAAGUCACCCCAGGAUUACAUGCGGGAAUCCAUCUCUUUUCCAUGGAGAAGGGAUCGAAGGUGCCAACUUUUUGCAAUGCUGCUUUGCACAGUCUCCAUAGCAAGCUUUCUGAUGUGGGACCAGGGGGCUCAAGAGAAUGCACAGAAGACAUUCUGUCAUGAUUUCAGAAUGGAAACUUGGAGGAAGUCUUCAAAUAUAUUGACACUGCGGUUCUGUCUGACCUACUACAAAGAGCGAUGAAAUGAAAGAGUGCAGUGUCAUGCUGAAGAAAACUUUGUGGCAUUUGCACAUGUAUGUUUGUUUGAGUUCUCGCACCUCCAUAAAAUAAAUCUGUGUUUCGAAAGUGGAAUAAUCAGAGAGGAGAUGUGUUUUUCCUAUCCGAGGGGGCUGGAUUGCAUUAAGGCAGUCUGUCGUGUCCUGAAUGCAGCGUUCCCAGAAUACUCCAAUCACCUACAGCCGUGCUCUAGCGAGUUCCUUUUACUGUUUUUGAAUGCCUUCAGAAAGAAGCACUAAUGCAGGAACAUGCUUUCUGGUUUUAGAAGUUCAGUGUGCAAUGCGGAGAGGUUGUUGUUACUUGCCAUAAGAGCAUUUGCACUAGUUAACCUCUGCCUACCUACUCCCAUGAUUCCAAUUUAAUCAAGUGUUUUUGAUAUUGUUUUUAGAUUUUCAAACUUUAAAACAGGAACUUGUGUGUUGCAUUUUUUGUCCCUCACAAA